GUAUGAAGACUGGUCUUGCAAUGUUCAAGGGCACCCGCUGACUGCCCUUGUCCUUUUGAGGAGAUGUCCGUGAUUGCUUAUUCGGAGCUGUCACUGCCGACCGAAUGAUGACUCUGGAAGAUAAAAUGCGGGCACCGUAGUAUGCGUUCCCGGUAUCCCUGGUACAGUCCCCUCCUCUUAAUCGCCUCGACAACUCUCCGACGACAUGACUUCUAGAGCGGCGUAUGUUACCUUGCUCACUAAAUCCGCUUAUUUGCCAGGUGCCCUGGUGCUGCACCACUCUUUGCUCUCUGUCGGAGCGAAGUACCCCCUUGUCGUGAUGGUCACCCCCAGCGUCGGCCAGGACAUCAGGGAUACCCUGACCCGCCGAGGCAUGAUUGUCCGCACGGUCGACCACCUCACGCCGAGGGAGGGAGCCCACACCCUCUCGCCACAUGACGCCCGUUUCGGCGACACUUGGACCAAGCUGAGGGCCUUCGAAUUGACGGAAUAUGACCGUGUAGUUCUCGUUGACGCAGACAUGCUCGUCAUGCGAAACAUGGACGAGCUCAUGGAGCUUGAGCUACCCACCGAUUCUAUCGCGGCCGUGCACGUCUGCGCGUGCAACCCGUUCAAGCUGCCGCACUACCCGAAGGACUGGGUACCCGCGAAUUGCGCACAUACGCCUAUGGUCCAUCCGACCGCUCUCACGUCGCCCCCAAAGAUCGCUGACACUAGCCCCCGCCCCUACUUCCUCCUAAACUCCGGCACCGUCGUCUUGAAUCCAUCUCCGGCAUUGUUCGACUCGAUCCAGGAUUUCCUAUUCACGACGGACAUAUCCGGAUUCAAAUUCCCUGAUCAAGAUCUUCUCGCAGCCUAUUUCAAGGGAAGGUGGCAACCGCUGCCUUGGUGCUACAACGCGCUCAAGACGCUCAGGUACAUCCACCCAACGAUGUGGCGGGACGACGAGGUUCGCUGCCUUCAUUACAUCCUCGCGGAGAAACCGUGGCAGGUCUGUCCAGGGGCAGCUGGUGAAUAUGAAGAACCAAACCAGUGGUGGCGAACGGCGUACGAGCGGUUGCGUGCCGAGAUGCAGACCACCGACAGCGCAGGUUGGGCAUUGGUGUCCGCAAACGUUGUUCACUAGUUAGACUCGGUAUUUAUAGACGUAUUCUGGCUGUACAGUUGAUUUACUGAGUUGACUUUCCCAAUUGUACCCGACACAGGUUUAAUAUGUACC